CUGAAACGUCUGGCACAUUUCUUCAUUCGCUCUGCUCGUUCCUUUUCCCGCUGCACGUACAAGAAGAAUGUCAAACGAUCAUCAACAGCACGAAGAUUCUGUGUCAGAACCUCAGCAAACUUCCGCUGGUUCUGGAAAUGCAGGAGACUUUGCCAAACAACCCAAGGAGACCAACCGUAACAAUGAAGUGCACGAACAUAUUGAGGGGAGUGAGUCCCUGGAGGUGAUUGAGUCCUUUGAUGAUAUGGGCUUACCUGAUGAAUUACUCAGAGGUAUCUAUGCUUAUGGUUUUGAGAAACCGUCCGCUAUUCAGCAGCUUGCUAUUAAGCCAUGCUGUCAAAGCAAAGAUGUGAUUGCUCAGGCCCAAUCUGGGACCGGCAAGACGGCAACCUUUGCCAUCUCGAUCCUUCACCAGAUCGAUAUAUCGAGAGAAAACUGCCAAGCUCUGGUCUUGGCUCCUACCAGAGAGUUGGCCACACAGAUCCAGAAGGUCUUCAUUGCUCUUGGAGACUACCUGAAGGCCUCCUGCAUGGCCUGCAUCGGUGGAACCAAUGUGGCCACCGAUAUCUCCAAGCUGAAGAAUGGUGUGCAGGUUGUUGUAGGCACCCCUGGCCGUGUGUUUGACAUGAUUGGCCGCAAUGCCUUGGAUACAACCUACAUCAGGAUGUUUGUCCUCGAUGAGGCUGACGAGAUGUUGUCAAGAGGCUUCAAAGAUCAAAUCUACGAGGUCUUCACCCAGCUGAAGCACGACAACCUGCAGGUUAUUUUGUUGUCGGCUACAAUGCCAGAUGAUGUACUGGAAGUGACCACCAAGUUUAUGGUCAACCCGAUCCGCAUCCUCGUCAAGAAAGAGGAGCUUACCCUGGAGGGUAUCAAGCAGUUCUACGUCAACGUAGAAAAGGAGGACUGGAAGUUUGAAACUCUAUGUGACUUGUACGAGACACUGACCAUCACACAAGCAGUAAUAUUCUGCAAUACUAGAAGGAAAGUCGACGCCCUUCAAGAGAAGAUGAAGCAAAAGGACUUCACCGUCUCCAGCUUGCACGGAGACAUGGAACAGAAGGAUCGUGAUGUGAUCAUGAAGGAGUUCCGUUCAGGCUCUAGCCGUGUCCUGAUCACUACUGACCUGCUGGCUAGAGGUAUUGACAUCCAGCAGGUGUCUCUGGUCAUCAAUUAUGACCUUCCCUCUAACAGGGAGAACUACAUUCACAGGAUUGGUCGUGGUGGCCGAUUCGGCCGUAAGGGUGUGGCCAUCAAUUUUGUGACAGCAGAUGACCUGCGAGCUUUGCGUGAGUUGCAACAGUUUUAUCAUACGGUGAUCGACGAGAUGCCGAUGAAUGUGGCCGAUCUGAUUUAAAUAUUUUGUGUGGGACAGUUUGCCGCUACAUCGUCUCUACUCGCAGUGCCUGAGGUAGAUCCUCUCACGACUGAUGAUUUUAUGUGUACUCCGCUUCCAAACUACGCCAUGUGAGCAUAGUGACCAAAGCGAAUCAAGUGACAUUGAAAUACCAGGUUGAGUUCCUACCUGGCGUUUUUUUGAUCGGUUUUGGAUUGAGUCUCUCGAACUGCGAUACAAUCGAUAAGGCAAAUCUCCACGGGGGAAGGCCUCCCCCCACCCCUUCCUAGAAGGGGGGGUACCUACCUUAAGUUUAUUUGUAAACAAUUUACAAUAAUAUAAAUAUUUUAAGUAUUUAAAGCACGCAUUAUCGUGAGCUUUGUUAGUUUAUCAUACAUACAUAAAUCUGGAACAUAAUUUCAGUUGAUCACUAUCAAAGAAAAACAAUCAAUCCUUUUUUUGUUGAAAUCUAUAUUAAAGAUUUCGCGUCUUACUCUUCAACCUUUGCUCAAGUUGUAUUGUAAUAUUGUAACCGAUUUGAAUUAAUGCAACAUGGAAUUGUUUAACUGCCAAAGAAUUUUACUGAUAAAUGCUCGCCAAGCUGUAGUCAAUUUGAGAUUUAUGUGCAGUAUGUACAAGAGCUUAGAAAGGAGACUUUCUUCAACAAAUCUUGAACCUUUCACAAGAAAUUUCUUCUUGACAAAAAAUUUAUUUUCCUCGAAGGUUUCAACUCCAGACAUUGCUGCGCAUCAUAUUAAAAUAGAACAACAUUGGACUGAAUUUGUUAAAUUGCUGGAGAUAGUGCAAAACAAGUCCGGAGAAAAAACUUUGUUGAUGUUAAAAUUCUUGAAUGAUAUAUUUUUGAGGGUCAUUCAGUUUUUGGCCACAAGACAUGUACGUAUAAAAUAUUUGUGGAUUUUCACAAAACUGUUCAAUUACACAUUAGUUAAUUGUUACAUUAGUUUAUCUCUGUCUUUAACAGUAAUUAAUGUACACGUUAUUAAAAACUCAUCAAAACAUCUGUUGGCAAUUUUUUUUAAACUGCCUGAAAUGUUAAAAUGUUUUGUUUGGCGCCCUUCCGAUGGGAAACAUUUCAUGUACGUUGUCCUUAGGUUAAUGCUCAUCAUUUUGUUGUACUAUGUGGUUUUGUCUAGAUUUAUUAAAAUCUAUAUAUGUA